GGCGAGUAACUGCAGGAAUGUACAGCACAAGCUUUGUUAUUUUAAAAAAAUGUACGCGCUGUUGGCGACCCUCAUUGCAAGCGUGGCUAUUGUGCCACUGCUUCUGCACUGGCUCUCUCCGUAUUUUAUCCAAGAUUUCAGAUAUUUCAUUAUAGUAGUACGCAAAAGCUUCGAAGUCAAGUCGUACGCGCGCAGCGUUCCUUACUAUUCCGUUUUGGACCGUUUUCUGGACAUGGUCAACAAGCACCCGGACAAGCCUUACAUUAUCUUCGAGCAUAAGACUUACACUUACAGGGAUGUGGACAAGCAGAGUAACAAAGUCGCCAGGGUGUUGAUGGAGCACGUCGGUGUGAAGCGCGACGACGUAGUGGCCCUCUUCUUGAGCAACGAGCCCGCCUUUAUCUGGUUCUGGUUGGGUUCGGUCAAACUGGGCUGUGCGGCGGCGUUUCUCAAUUAUAAUAUUCGCGCCAAAUCUUUGCUGCAUUGUUUUGCCUGCUGCGGAGCAAAAGUGCUUAUAGUUGGCUCAGAAUUCAAGUCUACAGUUGAAGAGGUGCUGUCUGAACUCAGAGAACAGAAUGUUACUGUCUAUUUCAUUGAUGAUGGAUCCAUAAUGCCAGGCUGUAUAAAUCUGAGUGGCAAAAUAAAUCAAGCCUCAGAUGAGCCUAUACCUCAGUCACAGAGAAAAGAUAUUACAUCUAAGAGCACCGCUGUAUAUAUCUAUACCUCGGGGACCACAGGUUUACCCAAGGCAGCUAUUAUAAAUCAUGCACGUUUAUGGCUGGGUGCUUGUGUUCUAGGAAGUAUUGGUGUUAACUCCAAGGAUGUUGUAUAUGUUAAUCUGCCUAUGUAUCACAGUGCUGGAUUCAUGUUGGGGUUCAAUGGAGCCACUGCAGAGGGAGCAACAGUCAUUUUACGAAGAAAGUUUUCAGCCUCUCAAUUUUGGGAUGACUGCAGAAAGUACAAUGUGACAGUUAUUCAAUACAUUGGAGAAGUUUUACGUUAUCUCUGUAAUGUUCCAAAGAAAGACAAUGAUCGUGACCACAUGGUGAGGCUUGCAAUAGGCAAUGGUGCCAGACCUGAGGUCUGGAAAGAAUUUUUGAAUCGAUUUGGAAAAAUUGUAGUCAGAGAAUUCUAUGGAGCAACUGAAGGUAACAUCGGGUUUGUCAACUACACCAACAAAAUUGGAGCAGUUGGGAGACAAUUCUUUUUACAUAAGUUAGCAGCUUCUUAUGCAAUAAUAAAGUACGACUCUGAAAAAGAAGAACCAAUUAGGAAUUCUCAAGGCCUAUGCAUACCAGCUGCCAGAGGUGAACCAGGAUUGCUUGUAUGCAAGAUUUCCAGCAUGUCACCCUUUAGUGGAUAUGUAAAAAAUGAAAAGCAGACCGAAAAGAAGAAAUUGAAAAAUGUUUUUAGGAAAGGGGAUCUCUACUUUAAUAGUGGGGAUCUUUUAAAGGUCGAUAAAGAUAAUUUCAUCUAUUUUAAUGACAGACUUGGAGAAACCUUCAGAUGGAAAGGAGAGAAUGUGGCCACUACAGAGGUGUCAGACAUUCUGAGUAUGGUGGAUUGCUUUGAAGAAGCUAAUGCCUAUGGUGUAUCUGUACCAGGCAAUGAAGGAAGAAUAGGAAUGGCCGCAAUUAAAUUAAGGGAAGGUAAAGAAUUUGAAAGCAACAAGGUGUGCAAACAUGUCAUGAGCCACUUGCCAGGUUAUGCAAGACCGCGAUUUCUUCGGAUUCAGAAUUCCUUGGAGAUAACCGGAACAUUCAAACAGAUGAAAGGCAAACUGGUCAAAGAAGGUUUUAACCCAGCCACAAUACAAGAUCCCCUAUACUUCCUGGAUGAAUCCACAAAGAAUUAUGUUCCAAUCACACAGGAAAUCUAUAAUUCCAUCCUUUCAAAGGAAAUGAAGCUCUGAGGAAAAUGGAGAUAAACAUAGACGUUACAUUAUUAGGGAGACCAGGGGUUCUCCCUGCAUGGAGUUUGCAUGUUCUCCCCGUGUCUGUGUGGGUUACCUUCCACAGUCCAAAGACAUGCAGAUUAGGUGGAUUGGUGAUGCUAAAUUGGCCCCUUAUAUGUAUGUGUUUGCUCUGCAAUGGACUGGCACCCUGUCCAGGAAUGCUUUACAUGCAGUGCUUGCUGGGAUAAGCUCAGGCCUUCCUGUGACCCCAAUCUGGACAUGCAGAUUUAGAUAAUGGGUGGGUGAAUGGAUAAUGUAACGUCUUUGUUUGGGUUUGGUUAAACCUAACAUUACAAACAUUAAUGGUUAAAUGUUGUGCUAUAUCUGAGCACAUUUGGGACAGAUUCUUUUGAUUAAAAGAAUGUAUUUUUAAAUAAACUUGGAUUUUUUUUUUUUUAAUUUAUUUAAAUCUCUCUUGAAUAUUGCCAGGCCCUACAAUGUGCUAGUUUCCUGUCCAGCUGUAAUUCCUGCCUUGCACCCAGUGCUGCUAGAAUCAGCUUCAGCGACCUAGCAAUUAUGCUUUGAAUUAAACAAUUUUGAAAAUGUUAGGUUAAUGUUUAAUGCAGACAAGAAAUAUUUGAUGUCAACAUGAAUAUAUCGGUGGUACUGGUGAACAGAACACUCACAAAGCUAAUAGAAGUACAAUUAGUAAAGUGCUGGCACAAAAUUUACACCUAAAAAUGAGUUCAGAAAUUAUGGAAAGAAGGGGAAAAAAAGGUUAUGGGGCUGCUGCUGAAUAGGAUAUGAAUUAUGAUUAAUAAAGUUGUCUACUAAAGAA